AUGCAUCUUAAAGCUGUUUUGACUGUAUUUUCUGUCCUAUUCCUGGCGUUGGUGGCUGGACAAAAUCGGAACUGCGAUGAAUUGACCCGGAGGUGUGAACGCUGCGUGGGAACUUUGAAUAAUGUAGUCGAUCGUACCCUGCCCACCCUCAAUAAUGAGUGCAGAGUUAAGACUCGGAACACCUGGCGUUGGAGGAAUGUGGGGCGUUGUGAGCUCACCAGGCUGAACUGCUUGGGAUCUGAUCGACGCAUGAAUUGUAAUGAUAUUGCUGAACUUGCUCGGAUGGAACGUGUUAAUGAAUAA